CGCCUGCGCAGAAAGGUCACGUGGUGGCUGGCCGGGGAAAUGGCGGCUACGGGAGAGAGUGGGGCUUCGGCCGGCGGAGGCAGCACAGAGGAUGCGUUCAUGACCUUCUACAGCGAGGUGAAACAGAUAGAGAAGAGAGAUUCUGUCCUAACGUCCAAAAAUCAGAUUGAAAGGUUGACCCGUCCUGGUUCCUCUUACUUCAACCUGAAUCCCUUCGAGGUUCUUCAGAUAGAUCCUGAGGUGACAGAUGAAGAAAUAAAGAAGAGGUUUCGGCAGUUAUCCAUAUUGGUGCACCCGGACAAAAAUCAAGAUGAUGCAGACAGAGCCCAAAAGGCUUUUGAAGCUGUGGACAAAGCUUACAAGUUGCUACUGGAUCAGGAACAAAAGAAGAGGGCCCUGGAUGUAAUUCAGGCAGGAAAAGAAUACGUGGAACACACUGUGAAAGAACGAAAAAAACAACUGAAGAAGGAAGGAAAACCUACAAAUGUGGAAGAGGAUGAUCCUGAGCUGUUCAAACAAGCAGUGUAUAAACAGACCAUGAAGCUCUUUGCUGAGCUGGAAAUCAAAAGGAAAGAAAGAGAAGCCAAAGAGAUGCAUGAAAGGAAACGACAGAGGGAAGAAGAGAUUGAAGCUCAAGAGAAGGCCAAACGAGAGAGGGAGUGGCAGAAGAACUUUGAGGAGAGUCGAGAUGGGCGUGUGGACAGUUGGCGAAACUUCCAAGCAAACACCAAGGGGAAGAAAGAGAAGAAAAACCGGACCUUCCUGAGACCACCGAAAGUAAAAAUGGAGCAGCGUGAGUGACCACCUGGGGUCACGGCCAUGGACCCUCCCUCGCCGUUUCCCCCCUGCUUCGAAGGACUCAUUCUUUUCUCCCCUUUCCACCCCAACAUAGAGUAGUGUUUGCUUUUUAGUUCAUUUUGUUUUCAAUAUAAUUUACUAUCAAUCAGAGUAAUUCUUUUGUACAUUAAAAUGAGGGGCUCAGUUUAAAAAAAAGACCUUCUCCCUUUCCUCCCGGACCCCUAGAACACCCAGGACUGGAAAGUACCCCCAGGUGCUGCCUUCUUCCCCAACGCCUGUAACUUAAUGUUUUGUACUCCACCGCGCGUGAUGGAUGUGAUGGUUAGAAAGCUGUGUGUACACUGUGGAGGUCAUCCCAUUGAACAGCCUGCUGACAGUGGUGUCACGUGACGAGCCUGGGCUGCCUCAGGAAGGCUCCUCGCUUUGGUCACUUGCUUCUAAAGCCCACCCAGGUCACAGGAAGGCAGAGUGGGCAGAGAGUAUGGUUAUUUGAUGCCCUUGUGCCCCCUGGUGUCUGGCCCCUCCUCCCAUCUCACUGACCAAUCAGUGGCAUGACGCUCAGCCACCUAAGCCUGUUCACUUUCCAAAGAGCUAGCCAUCCUCCAUCCAGUCCCAUUGUGUCCUAGCCUGUCUGCUUUCACUAGUAGUAAGAUUCUUUAUGUAAAAUAAAAUUUUAUACUGAA